CUUUGUUGUUAGGCACUUUAGGAUACACCGAUCUUCUGUUGUCUUGUUGUUGUUGUGGUUCUCGGAGCGUUCUGGAGAGCUUCGUUAACAGAACGUUUAUUCUUCAGAAAUGCUGUAGUUCGUCUGAUAAUGUUUUUAAACUUCUUUCAAAACGUUGCAAUCUCCAAAUGAUUAAACAUCCCCUCGAUGUUCGUGCGACCAGAGGAGACUAAACGCUUCUGAUCGUUCAGAGAAACGAGGGUUUGUAACUUAACUAGAACGACAGCAAAACGUUCCUGGAACAUAUCGGUCGAGAUGCAGUCGAGGCAGCGUUCUCGCGUCAUGACACGUUCCGACCAGUGCAUGACGUUCCUUGCUUGUGAACGACUUCCGAACGCGCACGGAUCUGUUCUCUCGCCUGUGUUUGAGCAGCAGGAACAAAGAACGAGCAGAUGAACGAGCUGAAGAACGAGCUGAUGAACGCAGGUGAACGGGAUCGACGCGCGUCGGGUUAAACACUUUAGCAAGCGAUUAUUCAGAUCCUGCAGCACUCGCACCGGAUUCGGUCUGCGGUAUCAUAGCAACAACACCGGAGAAGCGGCGUAACAUCAGCCGCAGUACCGAACCGAACCGGAGCAGAACUCUGGAACGGGGAACCGGCGCGCGAUCAAACGGCUGCGAGCAGCGCGGAACGACUCCUGACUGGAAACACCGGGAAUAACGCGCAAAAUGCGGUCUUGCGGAGAGACAAAGUUUGCGUGUCGUUGCCCGAAUACGAAUCUAUUAGUCGUGUUUCACGGAUGAUUAAUUGAGCGCCAUCAUGAUCGCCACAGGGGGUCUGCUGCGGAUAUCUGCCAGGAGACAGGACUCCCUUCGAGCGAAGAACCGCGCGGAAAACAAGCGCAAGAGGAAAGCGAAGAAAAAGAGGAAGAACGAAGUGGUGGUGGUGAAAGGGAAGCUAAAACUGUGCUCCGUGUCUGGACUGAUCGCCGCCGUCGGGAUCCUGGUGCUUCUGGUCGGAGUGGCCAUGGCCGUGCUGGGAUACUGGCCCAAAGAGAGUCCGCUUUACCCAGGACUCAUGAUGAACGCACAGAGGACUUACGACAGCCGAGAAUUAGUCAAUGUGACCGCCAGACCGCCUUGGGAUCUCCUAGAUAAAGACUUCAGGAGCUAUAAUGGCUCCAAUGGGACCGCUGAGCUGGAUCCGGGAGCUAAACUAGGAGCGUUUGCUGCAUUUAUCAACAGAUACUUAUAUUCAGACAAGCUGAAAGUCUUCGGACCUUUAAUCAUGGGCAUUGGGAUCUUCCUGUUCAUUUGUGCCAAUGCGGUACUUCACGAGAACAGAGACAAAAAGACCAAAAUCAUCAACCUCAGAGACAUCUACUCAACGGUGAUUGACAUUCAUAGCUUGCGGAGCAAGGAAUCUGCGCCGCUUAACGGUUUCGUGAACUACUGCCAAUCGAAAGACACCAAAUCGUACGGUUCCCCUCAUAAGGGAACGCCUCAAGGUAGCAUGAUCCCAUCCCGAAGACCGUCUACCACCAUCCCACGAGUCUCGUCUUUGGAGAGACAGAGCUUUACAGACACCAUCUACAGCAUCUACGGAGACCAGAAGCGACUGGACAAGCCGUGGGAGACCCGGAGCAUCGUGUCCACUUCGGUCAACGCGUUCACUCUGCCAAUGAUGAAGCUCAACCACCGGGGAGCUUCGGAACGAAGGGGUUCGGAUAAAACCGGAGAGGCCAAGCCAGAGUUCCUGGACGCCGAGGCCAUUUGCAGGCGUUUGGAGGAUCUGGAAGCGUCUCGGACCACCACCAAGGCCAAAGUGGAGCCUCGUCCCGAGCUGGCGGCAGACUCGGUGGAGGUGUACCGGAGCAGCGGGAGCCUGCCAGGAGCUCCUCGGGUGUCUCUGCAGGGCUCCCGGGUCCAGCUGCUGAAGACCACCGGAUCUCACCUGUCCUUGAGCGCUUUGUCUGACUACUCCAGGUCAGUGGAUCUGGAGAUCUGUCCGUCCAGCCCUGCUCUGGUGCGAUCGAGGCGGCUCAGCUGUCCUCGGCUGGAGGGCCUCGGCGGCGGAGGAUACACCAAACUAGAAGGCCUCGGCGGAGAGUCCUUCGAGUCCACGGACAAUGCCAACGCGCUCAGUCGAGAGAGCUCCGUCGAGGAAAAAGAGCUCUGUCCUCAGACUCUUCUUCAGGAGUGUGCCUCGGUCAGACAGUACUCCAAGAAACAAAAACUCUUCAUGGUUUCCCAAUCGGAUACCACUUUAGAAGACGUGGAAAUGGAGAGUAGAGGUUUAAUUGACAUGCAGCGAUGGGCUUUAGAAAGCAUCAACACUAGGGAUGCACGAUAUUAGAUUUUUGCUCAUAUCCGAUAUGCCGAUAUUUUGGUCGAUACCGAUAUCUUUCCUGUGUGGAAUUCCUAAGCAAAUAAUUUUUUAUUUCUGUUUGUUGAAAACCUUGCUUAGAAGUAACUUUAUUAAAAUAAUUUUUUGAAAGAUAGUACACUGAAGGCCUUGAAAAUGAAUUCAAUCUCUUCUGUGUUUUAUUUUCUUUCAAACAGACGCAGUUGAAACCUCAGUCACAUGAUCCUUCAGAAAUCAUUCUAAUAUGCGAAUGUUUAUUUAUUACUAUCAUUAUUACGAUUAUUGUUAUCAAUAUUAAAACGACUUAGUGUAUUUUUUGAGGAUUAUUUGAUGAAUACAAAGAUCUUUUUUACAUAUACCAUUCAAAAGCUUGGAGUCAAUAUUUUUUUGUGCUGGUGAUGAGGUGAUUUUUAUCAUUUUUUAUUAAAAAUGCUCAAUUAUAGCA